AUGAACGCGCUCUGCACAUUCCGAUUACUGUGGGACAAAAAGACAUUGAGCCCGAGAUUCAUCCAAGAACAUCGACUUCGGACAGAACCUCUUCCCCGACCCAUCCCCGUCUUCAACGUGGAUGGAACUCUGAACAAAGAAGCACUCAUCACGCGAAGAGCUCUCUUAUCUUACAAGAUAAGCGGAGAACCCCGAGUUGUCAAAGCCUAUGUCACCAGCAUCGGCAAGGAAGACAUCAUCUUCGGCCAUACCUGGCUCAAGCUUGAAAACCCCAAGAUAGACUGGAAAACCGGACGAGUUGAGCUAAACCACUGCUGGACGAAAGACGAGACCAGGGCCUGGACGAAAGACGAGACCAGGGCCUGGAAGAUGGACCUGUACCAAAGGCGAGUGGCUCAGCUAGAACUAAAGAAGGCCGUAACUACCCCACUCCCAGAACCAAUGGAGGAUGAAUUCGCUGUCAUCUCCACCUCGGAAUAUGCAACCCUUCCUGAAUGA